GUGAAGAGAGGAAGAGGGUGUAGUCCGGUUCGGGGAAUUCCUAUGACGUCAGCCCGUUGUGUGUCCUGUGAUACGCUGUGAUGUUUUAAAACAACAAAUGCCGAAUUGUUGUGCAUUGUUUGUCGCCCUGUAAAAUCAAAACAAUGGUUUCCCCUCUGUUCUGUUGAAUGUUAGCUCCACAGUCAUUCACUAACCGCUCCAACUCACCGGUAACAAUCCUCAGUGUGUUCGUUGAACACUCACUAACGUAAAGCACGUUUCCCAGUAAUGACGUAAUGCACAAGUGAAAGGUUUUACGCCAACGAUUGUAGUUUCCUUAUCGUUUUUAUUAUUAUAUUCAGCGAAUUUUUUAUUGACGCUUUUCUGCCGUUGACGUUUUUUAGAUAUGUUGUCCGUGUCGCUGUUGUUUGGGUUAGUUGUUGGCCUCAUUGUUCCCGGGUCGUGUUGUCAAGAAAAGGAGUACAAGAGCCGUGAUGGAGACUGCUGUUCGAAGUGCGACGAGGGUCAAUUUGUUCUCAAAGACUGUACAGACGUGCGUAGCACUCGCUGCAACCGUUGUAAGGAUGGGACGUUUAUGAACCAACCUAAUGGUCUAAACAUGUGUUUCCCCUGCACUUCCUGUGUUUCAGGUAAUGGUCUGUUUGUCAAGCAGGCGUGUACAGCAAGCACUGACACGGUUUGUGACGUUUUAAGUGGCUACAUGUGCAGAGACGAGUCUAGUAGCACAGGAUGUAGCCGGGCAGAGAAACAUUCAAGCUGUGUUUCUGGUCAACAGAUCAAAGAACCUGGAACCAGGGAUACGAAUACUGUGUGCGAGGACUGUCCAAAUGGCUAUUUUUCAAAGGAUGGUGUAAAGUGCCUUACUUGGAAAACGUGCCCGGAGCCCCACACCGUGGUUACGCGCGGAGACUCGCGCAACGACGUCGGCUGCAGUAAAUUGUUCAGAAAUCGUGGUUGGAGUUGCCAUGACUCAUUGUAUCUACCUCUUGUGAUAUUUGUGUCGCAGUCGUUUUUUUAGCUCUUGGCGUCAAGAGUCAAACACCAGGGUAGUCUUCGAUUGGGCGGGGAAUCAUUUCGUUUGGUUCACCUACACGCUGCACUUUUGUAAGUGGACCAAACCAUCUGGACAGCGCCCCAUCCUUUAGGUUCACUGGAUAGUCCGUUUGCCGCACCAGGCUUCACUUACAAGCGAACCGAGACCCAUGUUUUCAGCUUUGGUCCUCACCAGACGAGCUUUCGCACCUGCUCAAACAAAGCCGACUAUCCAAAGAAGCAAAACUCUGCUUUCGACAGCUCUGGUGUGAGAGCGCCGUAAUAUUAUUUAGAUAUCAGUCGUGAUUACCAGCAAACUAUUAGAUUUUGCGUUAAUGUGUCACUUCCUGACUAAAUUUCAUGCUUAGAAAAUAACCAUAAAUAAUCAACCUUGAAUCUUGAGGUCUCAGCCUCAAGAUUACGUGGAGUUAGACACCGACUGAAGAACAAUGUUCGCUGACAUUAGUAGAAAUAGUGGGGUGGACGGGGAAGAGACUAUUCUCCUUCAGAAUUCAACCAUAGUUGUCCUCCUGAUAAUAGUGUAGUCCACUAAAGUAAUGCCGCUUUUCCACUACAUACUCUUGAUGACUGACACCACAAACACUGCUUCUUUUACAGUUCAUAGCACUUCUGUUUCACUUAAAAAUCAUUAUUAUUAUUAUUUAUUAUUUUUCACAGUAAACAUGUUUCUAUGCUGUUUGUGUGAGAAAAACACCACGUAGAGCGGUAAAAGAGUCGAGUCGUGACCGGGACCAUGACGUUUAAACGUGGCAUAAGACAGACCAAGUCAUAAAUGAGACCAGGAGGUACUGAGACCAAACCAGCGCCACAGUUUCUUUUUGUGUCACUUGUAAAGACACGUGUACUUUUAUUUGUUUUAUUUUUACCAUGUUAAGAGUGAAAUGCUACCAUCUUGACCAGAGUAUUACUGUCUUAACACGUGUGUGUGUGUGCUGAAAGUUAAUUUACCAGCUUUAACAAGAAAUGAAGUUUUUUGGGCUUUUUAAUAAAAAUGACACUGUCUCAUUUUUUUGUAUAUACAUAUAUGUAUAUAUGUAUAUACUUAAAUCUACACGACAGAACUACAUUCGA